CAUAUCAGUCCUCACACCAAGAAAAGGGGGGAAAGUAAUAUGGCUUCAACAAUGGAAAAAGAAGAAGAAGAGAGUCAGUUGUUGGCCAUGCAAAUGGUGAGUGGUUCUGUUCUGCCCAUGGUAUUGAGAGCGGCCGUGGAGCUCAAUGUGUUCGACAUAAUAGCCGAAGCUGGUCCCAACGCACGCCUCUCCCCUCUAGACAUUGCAUCUCGGCUUCCCACUCAGAACCCGGAUGCCCCCGCUCAUCUCGAUCGUAUGCUGCGUCUUCUGGUUUCCCACUCUCUUCUCACUUGCACUGUCCUCACCCAUGACAACAGAGUCUAUGGCUUGGCACCUGCCUCCAAACUGUUUCUUAAGAACAAAGAUGGAGGGUCCUUGGCUCCCUACCUGCUUCUUAUCCAAGAUUACGCUUUAAUCAAAACCUGGUACCACUUGAAGGAAUCAAUUCUAGAAGGAGGUGGGUUUCCAUUCUAUAAGGCACACGGAGAGAAUGCUGUGGACUACCUUGGGAAGAACCCUGAACUGAUUAAGAAUUUCAAAAGCUGUAUAUUUGAUUACAAUGCCCUGUUCAUGAAUAAGGUGCUUGACACAUACAAAGGGUUUGAAGGUCUUCGAGUUCUGGUUGAUGUAGGAGGAGGGAAUGGACAAAUCCUCGGCAUGAUCGUCUCCAAAUAUCCAUCCAUAAAGGGCAUAAACCUUGAUCUGCCUAAUGUCACAGAAAAAGCUCUCCCUUGUCCAGGUGUGGAACAUGUUGGAGGAGAUAUGUUUACAAGCAUUCCAAAAGGAGAUGCACUUUUCAUGAAGAAUAUAAUUCACCAUUGGAGUGAUGAACAAUGCUUGAAGAUACUGAAAAAUUGCUACGAAGCAUUACCAGAUAAUGGAAAGUUGAUUGUUGUGGAUUUGAUUGCUCCUACCUCCCCAGAGACAAAUGUUGCUACUCAAGGCAUCUUGCAAAUGGAAAUGUUCAUUGCAAAUAUGAACCCCAUUGGAAAGGAGAGGACAAAAGAAGAAUUUACUGCUUUGGCAAGAGAAUCUGGAUUUUCUGGUAUUAAUGUGGCGUGUUGUGCUUACACAUUUUCAGUCAUAGAAUUCUAUAAAUAGAUCCAUGUAAUAGAUAUCACUUUUCUUAUUUCUGCUGGAAUAAAAUUCA